UACAAUUUAAAACACCGAAAUGCAACACUUUUUAUAUUAUUUGAAUUGCAUGUUUAGUUUUAUAAAAAUCGGACGGCAAUAUCAGUUGACUGCCUAUGGUUUUGAAAAAAUGGUUUACUUUUUUGGCAGCUUUUGGUCAUAUUUUGUUCUACUCUAGUAAAAAGAAUUUUUAAGGUUUUAGAGUUACGAAUUUAUCAAAGAAAGAUCUGGAAAUAACUUUAGGAACACUUUUUACAUUUAAAAAAAUUAUUUUAAGUAAACAAGAAAUUGUACAAUUAAAUCAUUUACCUGUAGAGCCAUCAGUCCAUUUGUUAGAUUAGGUAGCUUAUACUCUUGUUCUUGGCAAACUUUUUUUGUAUUUAUGUAUAUACAUUUAAUGUUAAAUAUUAAAUAUUUCAUAAGAUUUUGGGAAAACCUAUUAAUAAAUAUGUCAUGAUAAGAGAUGACUAUAGAGGCAGCCUAGACUACUUUUUGGCAGAUUUUUUCAGAAUUCUAUUAUUGCAUAUAAGGUUGAUAAGAAAUUAAUUAUGUACAAAUGAGAGGGCUAUAAAAGUCGGGGAGCUGUGAAAAAUUGUUCAGUCCUCUAUUAUAUUAGCUUACGAAUCCAUUAAGUAGAUCUUUAUUUUACGCAAUGCGUACAUUUUUAAUAUUUUUCUUUUUUGGAAUUCUUGUUCAAAAUACUCUUGGAAAAGAUUUGUUCUCUAGUGACCUAGUGCGAAGAAUUGUGACUCUGGAAGCUCGGCAAUAUGCUGAUAGUGAUGCCUUUGAGGAGAGAAUUCGAAGAUUAGAAACCCACUUGCCCACUCAACGGAGAAUCGAGGUAUCGCAGUCUCUGGAGAAGGAUAAGCCUGUUGCCGAUGAAACUGUCAUUGGUGAGAGAAUCGAGAAACUGGAUGUUGCUUUAAAGCAGGAGUUGGCUAAUCACUUGGAGAACUUGACUUCUAAAUUCGACGCCCUAGUUGAAAAGCUCGGCGCCAUUGAAAACCAAAUUGCAAAGACUCAGAAUCCAGAGGUGCAUCAGAAGAUUGGUGAAAAGUAUUACUAUAUCGAGAAUUGCGAUGGGCACAGCUGGAAUGGUGCCCAUGAUACUUGUGCUCUAAAGAAUGGACAUCUUGCGACUCUUCAAAAUGAACAGGAGUGGAAGGCUCUUGCGGAGCACUUAAGGACUGACAAAAACUAUUGGAUUGAUAUUAAUGACAGGGAGGACGAAGAUGAAUUUAUAUCCAGUUUUACACAGACAGAACCAAAAUUCUUAAAGUGGGGUCAUGACGAACCUAAUAAUGGAGGUGAACAUGACUUUGUAGAAGAUUGUGUGGAGCUGCAAGGAAAUAAUAACUUUUACAUGAAUGACGCAAAGUGCUCAACCAUUAAUUUAUUCAUUUGCGAAGUCGAGCCACAAUCCAAAUCGUAAUUCGAAAGAAAUUUG